AUGUCGCGCCGCCCUUCAGUUGCCGACGAGGCGGCGUACCCGCCGUACAAGUCGCGCCCGAGCCUCACCGCCUCGGACGUCGAGACGACGCCCGCCGGGCACGGUGCGCGUGCGCCCUACCGGGCGGGCAGCGCUGUGGGAGCAGGAGGCGGCGAGGGACGAUACCUGCAGGCGGCGCAGCAGAUCGAGCUCACGCAGGAGGACAAGCAGGAAGGGUACGAUGCCACGCUCCUCAACCUGCCCGAGCGCAACACGACUGCCGUUCCUCCUGCGCACGAACCUGUUCCCGGCUUCCUCCCCUCGGCCGGCCCUCCCGCCGCCCUCGCGGCCAACCUCCCCUACGCGUCUCGCGCCCGCGACGACUCGUUCGACGACGUCGACCACAAGCGGCGCAGCAACGGCACGACUGGCGGCGGCGGUGGCGGCGGCGGAACGAGGAAGAAGGGCGUGCGGCACGACGCGACGAGCGCGGCGCACGACCACCACCGCUCGCGCACCUCGGGCGGCGGCGCAGCGCGCCAAAGCAGCAGCAGGCGUCGCGCGAGCAAGAAGCGGCAGCUCAAGUGGUACCAGAAGCCGCUCGCGCUCGGCGCGCUCCUCGCCCUCUUGCUCGUCUUCGGACUCGCGGUCGGCCUCGGCGUCGGCCUCACCAAGGGCAAGAAGAGCGACGACGGCAAGGCGUCGACGGCCAACGUCGGCAGCUCGGCGCCGGUGCCGCCGGGCGGCAUCCAGCCGAGCCAGUCGAGCACGACCGGCAACGACAUUCAGGUCUCGGCGUCGUCGAGCGACGCCGCGGUCGGCGUUGCCGGCGUCACGAUGCAGCCGACGGCGGCAGCGGACGGUAUCGCCCCGACGGUGGCUGUGCGUCCAGCGGUGUCGAGGGUGACGGCGACGGCGACGCUCGGCGGCGAGGCUGCAGCGAGGCGAGCGGCGCGGUGGGCCUGA